CGCGGGGUGGGGGGCGCACUCCCACACCCUCCGACCCAUUAGGUCUGCUAGGGUUUUGGCAGGGUCUCCGCGAGAGAGUGUGGACUUGUGUCCCCCCUCCCCUUUGGGGGAGGGAGGAAUAGAAAGUCUCUCACCUCGCAUCCCCGCCUGAGUGGGGACUGGUGUCUCUCCAAAGGGUGAGGUGGUUUUGACCGCGGGUUGCCCGGCCAGCACGACCCAACGAGGUGGCUGGAGGAGGUGGCUGGACGGCCAAAGAAUGAACGGAGAAGCUGACUGCCCCACAGACCUGGAAAUGGCCGCCCCCAAAGGCCAAGACCGCUGGUCUCAGGAAGACAUGCUGACUUUGCUGGAAUGCAUGAAGAACAACCUUCCAUCCAAUGACAGCUCCAAGUUCAAAACCACCGAGUCACAUAUGGACUGGGAAAAAGUAGCCUUUAAAGACUUUUCUGGAGACAUGUGCAAGCUCAAAUGGGUGGAGAUUUCUAAUGAGGUGAGGAAGUUCCGAACCUUGACAGAAUUGAUCCUUGAUGCUCAGGAACAUGUUAAAAAUCCUUACAAAGGCAAAAAACUCAAGAAACACCCGGACUUCCCAAAGAAGCCCCUGACCCCUUAUUUCCGCUUCUUCAUGGAGAAGCGGGCCAAGUACGCGAAGCUGCACCCUGAGAUGAGCAACCUGGACCUGACCAAGAUUCUGUCCAAGAAAUACAAGGAGCUGCCGGAGAAGAAGAAGAUGAAGUAUAUUCAGGACUUCCAGAGAGAGAAACAGGAGUUCGAGCGAAACCUGGCCCGGUUCAGGGAGGAUCACCCUGACCUAAUCCAGAAUGCCAAGAAGUCGGACAUCCCCGAGAAGCCCAAAACCCCCCAGCAGCUGUGGUACACCCACGAGAAGAAGGUGUAUCUCAAAGUGCGGCCAGAUGCCACUACGAAGGAGGUGAAGGACUCCCUGGGGAAGCAGUGGUCUCAGCUCUCGGACAAAAAGAGGCUGAAAUGGAUUCAUAAGGCCCUGGAGCAGCGGAAGGAGUACGAGGAGAUUAUGCGUGACUAUAUCCAGAAGCACCCUGAGCUGAACAUCAGUGAGGAGGGCAUCACCAAGUCCACCCUCACCAAGGCCGAACGCCAGCUCAAGGACAAGUUUGAUGGGCGACCCACCAAGCCACCUCCGAACAGCUACUCCCUGUACUGCGCCGAGCUGAUGGCCAACAUGAAGGACGUGCCCAGCACGGAACGCAUGGUGCUCUGCAGUCAGCAGUGGAAGCUGCUGUCCCAGAAGGAGAAGGACGCCUACCACAAGAAGUGUGACCAGAAAAAGAAAGAUUACGAGGUGGAACUGCUCCGUUUCCUAGAGAGCCUGCCUGAGGAGGAACAGCAGCGGGUCCUGGGGGAGGAGAAGAUGCUGAGCAUCAACAAGAAGCAGGCCACCAGCCCAGCCUCCAAGAAGCCCUCGCAGGAAGGGGGCAAGGGCGGCUCAGAGAAGCCUAAGCGGCCAGUGUCAGCCAUGUUCAUCUUCUCGGAAGAGAAGCGGCGGCAGCUUCAAGAGGAGCGGCCUGAGCUCUCGGAGAGCGAGCUGACCCGCCUUCUGGCCCGCAUGUGGAACGACUUGUCAGAGAAGAAGAAGGCCAAGUACAAGGCCCGGGAGGCGGCGUUGAAGGCCCAGUCUGAGAGGAAGCCGGGCGGGGACCGUGAGGAACGGGGCAAGCUGCCAGAGUCGCCCAAGAGAGCCGAGGAGAUCUGGCAACAGAGCGUCAUCGGGGACUACCUGGCCCGCUUCAAGAAUGACCGGGUGAAGGCCUUGAAAGCCAUGGAGAUGACCUGGAACAACAUGGAGAAGAAGGAGAAACUGAUGUGGAUUAAGAAGGCAGCCGAAGACCAAAAGCGAUACGAGAGAGAGCUGAGUGAGAUGCGGGCACCCCCCGCUGCUGCGAACUCCUCCAAGAAGAUGAAGUUCCAAGGAGAACCGAAGAAGCCUCCCAUGAACGGUUACCAGAAGUUCUCCCAGGAGCUGCUGUCCAACGGGGAGCUGAACCACCUGCCACUGAAAGAACGUAUGGUGGAGAUCGGCAGCCGCUGGCAGCGCAUUUCCCAGAGCCAGAAGGAGCACUACAAGAAGUUGGCAGAGGAGCAGCAGAAGCAGUACAAAGUACACCUGGACCUCUGGGUCAAGAGUCUGUCUCCCCAGGACCGUGCGGCCUAUAAAGAGUACAUCUCCAACAAACGUAAGAGCAUGACCAAGCUGCGAGGCCCGAACCCCAAGUCCAGCCGGACUGCCUUGCAGUCCAAGUCGGAGUCUGAGGAGGAUGAUGAAGAGGAUGAGGAGGACGAGGAGGAGGAUGAAGAGGAGGAGGAUGACGAGAAUGGGGACUCCUCAGAGGACGGGGGGGACUCCUCUGAGUCGAGCAGUGAGGAUGAGAGUGAGGACGGAGAUGAGAAUGAGGAGGAUGACGAGGACGAGGACGACGACGAGGAUGACGAUGAGGACGAGGACAAUGAGUCUGAGGGCAGCAGCUCCAGCUCUUCCUCCUCGGGGGACUCCUCGGACUCUGACUCCAACUGAGGCCCGGUCCCACCCAGGGCUCCCCUCCCCAACUGACCACCUUUGUUUCUCCCCCAUGUUCUGUCC